CACAUUCAAUCUAACUUUGUGCUGUGUCCCUCAGGAUCUUACUGCAACAGUGCCAGCGCCUGCUUCGUGGCAUCAGAUGGUAAAAACCUACGUCUCUAUCAAGCUGUGGUGGAUGCCAGAAAACUUCUGGAUGAGCUGUCAGACCCUGAAACGUCUAAACUGGUGGGCGAAGUGUUCAACAUUGUCAGCCAGCAGUCCACUGCCAGGCCUGGCUGUAUCAUCGAGUUGGACGUCAUCACAAACCAGUGUGGCUCCAACACUCAGCUGCUGCAUGUCUUUCAAGAGGACUUCAUUUUAGGUUACAAGCCUCAGAAAGAGACAGAAGAUUUCACACCGGCCUUUCCAUCUGGUGAAGAUUACCAACCUGCCCCAUUCUCUGAGAAGUUCUUCCUGGUGGUGAUAGAAAAGGAUCUCAACAGGAACUCAGUCCUGCAGAUGUGGCACCUGCACCUCAAGUCUGUGCAGGCCUGUGUUGAUGAGCCAAGCCCAGAUUUCAGCUUCCAGAGCCAACUGAUGGUUCCCAAUCAAAGUUUGAAUCCUGACUCGUCUCCGGAGACCUCACCUAUUAGACCCCUGCCUCGCUCAUCUUCUACAGCCAACUUGCAAUCAGCCAGCAAACUCAUCCUGAGCUCCAAGCUGGUGUACAGCAAGCGGCUCCACCUUCCCCACGGGGUGGAGGUUACCAGGGCGACCCCCUCUGCAGGUCAUCUGAGUUCCUCUUCUAUCUACCCUGUAUGCCUGGCUCCGUACCUGAUUGUCACCACCUGCUCUGACUCUCGGGUGCGUUUCUGGCGCUGUGCUGUGGAGGGGGAUGAGGGGUACAGCGAGGAUGACCAGGACACCCGUACGUACCGCUGGGAGCCCUGGGCUCUGAUGAACGAGGAGGAAGACAACAACAGUGCUGUGUGCGUUCCUGGGCGUCCUGUUGCUGUGUCCUGCUCCUACAUCGGCAGGCUGGCCACGGCCUUUAAAAAGCCACGACCAGGACAGCUGCAGGGUUCUGGGCAGGACUUCUCCAUGCACGUGUCCAUCUAUGAGUGUGAAUCUACUGGAGGCUCAGAGUGGGUUUUAGAGCAAACUCUCCACCUGGAUGACUUUACCAGACCCUGUUCAACCCUGGAUCCAAGAGUCAGUGUGGACUCCAACCUCUUUGUCUACAGCAGGUCUGACCUGUACAUGACCAGAGACCACAGCUCCCCCAACAUUAAGCAUUACGUACACUUGGACUGGCUCUCAAAGGAGGACGGAUCUCACAUCCUCACUGUGGGCGUUGGAUCCAACAUUCUCAUGUACGGCCGUAUCUCUGGCGUCGUCAAUGAGCCGACAAGCAGCAAGGAAGGAGUAGCUGUCAUCACCCUUCCUCUAGGGGGCAGUAUCAAGCAGGGCAUCCGCUCACGCUGGAUCCUGCUUCGGUCUGUGGACCUCUUGUCCUCUGUGGACGGCACACCGUCUCUGCCAGUCUCCCUGUCCUGGGUGAGGGACGGCAUCCUGGUGGUGGGCAUGGACUGUGAGAUGCAUGUGUACGCCCAGUGGCACCAGGACAAGAAGGCUGGGGAUGGAGAGGAGGGCAACCUAUCGUCUGCAGACAUUGCCGGUGGUCAAAACACAACCUCCUCGGUCUUUGAAGGGAGAGCCAGAUCUAAGAGUGUGUUUGAAGGGAGUGCCGCAGGAGCUGCUGCAGUGGAUGAGGCCCUUCGUGCCCCAGCAGGACUUCAGGAGGGGGGACUGUUUGAAGCAGCUCACUCCCUUUCUCCGACUCUACCCCAGUACCAUCCCACCCAGCUGCUGGAGCUCAUGGACCUGGGCAAGGUUCGCCGUGCCAAGGCCAUCCUCGCUCACCUGGUGAAAUGUAUUGCUGGGGAAGUGGCAGUGGUGAGGGAUGUGGAGGCAGGUGAGGGUGGAUCCAGGAGACAUCUGUCCCGGACCAUCAGUGUGACCGGCAGCACAGCCAAAGACACCAUAGUGGCUGGCCGCGAUGGGGGGAGGGACUACACAGAGAUCAACUCCAUCCCCCCCUUGCCUCUCUACUCCCUCAUGUUGGCUGACCUGGACACCUCGUACAAGGGAGCGGAAGAAGCUGCUAAGGGGGGCGACGGUGAGGGGUCCCAGAAGUCCGCAGAAGACCAAUAUUCAGACCUCUUUCAGAUGCAAGCGGUCACCACAGAUGAUUUUGUGAACUUUGCCACUGACAAACCAGAGAAAAAGUCUCGAGUUAUCAACCUCUCUCAAUAUGGACCUACCUACUUUGGACCGGAGCAUGCUCAGGUAUUGUCCAGUCACCUCAUGCACUCCAGCCUCCCGGGACUCACCAGACUGGAGCAGAUGUUCCUGGUGGCCUUGUCUGAUACUGUUGCAACCACCAGUGCUGAGGUCACCAGCUCCACCGAUCAGAAGUACACAGGUGGCGAGGCUCUCGAUGAGUGUGGACUGCGGUACCUGCUGGCCAUGCGUCUUCACACCUGCCUGCUCACCUCCCUGCCCCCGCUCUACCGCAUGCAGCUGCUCCACCAGGGCCUGUCAACAUGCCACUUUGCAUGGGCCUUCCACUCAGAGGCAGAAGAAGAGCAGCUGAACAUGAUCCCUGCCAUGCAGAGAGGAGACCCUCAGUGGUCUGAGCUCAGAGCUGUUGGAGCGGGGUGGUGGAUACGCAACAUUAACACCCUUCGGAAAAUGGUGGAAAAGAUAGGUAAAGCUGCAUUCCAGAGAAACAACGACCCUUUAGAUGCUGCUCUGUUCUUCUUGGCCAUGAAGAAAAAAGCUGUCCUCUGGGGGCUCUUCAGGUCUCAGCAUGAUGACAAGAUGACUCAGUUUUUCAAGAACAACUUCAGUGAAGACCGCUGGCGAAAGGCAGCACUGAAAAAUGCUUUCUCCCUGUUGGGAAAGCAGCGCUUUGAACAGUCCGCUGCCUUUUUCCUACUGGCUGGAUCACUGAAAGAUGCUAUAGAGGUGUUGAUGGAGAAGAUGGAGGAUAUCCAGUUAGCCAUGAUCGUAGCAAGGCUGUAUGAGGCUGACUUUGAGAAUUCCUCCACCUGCCAAGGCCUCCUGCAUGAGAAGGUCCUGGGCUGUAACAGGGACGGUAGUGGGUACCACUGUUCCAGGCUGCACCCCGACCCAUUCCUCCGCAGCAUAGCCUACUGGAUCAUGAAAGAUUACACCCGAGCGCUGGACACACUGUUGGAACGAACCCCCAAAGAGGAUGAUGAGAACCCUGAUGUGAUGGUGAAAGCUUGCAACCCGGUGGUGUUUAGUUUCUAUAACUACCUGAGGACACACCCUUUGAUCAUCCGUCGACACUUAGCAAUUCCAGAUGGCACCGCAGUGACUGUGGGCCUCAGUGCUGAGAAGAGCAGCGCAAUUGAGAUCAACCUUAUAGAGCGCAAACUGUUCUUCACUACUGCCAACGCACACUUCAAGGUGGGCUGUCCAGUUCUGGCUCUGGAAGUGCUUUCCAAGAUUCCCAAAGUUACUAAGAAAUCUGGCUCUUCGCCUCAAAGCAAAGCUUCAUCCAAAGCCAACGUAAACUCCACCCAACCUAUGGAGAAUGGGACCCAGGGAGGCGUGGACUGGGGCUCCCCUGCACCCCCGGCCGAGGCCUGGGGUGGAAAUGAGAGUGCAGGUGGGUUAGACUGGAACCAGCCUUUGGUCAAGAUGGAUGAAGAUGACCUGAAGCUGGACUGGGGGGCGGACAAGGAAGAUGAUGAAGAUGAGGAUGAUGACGGUUUGACCAUGAAGAAGCCAGAGGCUGAGACUAAAGCGGUCGGAGGCUCAGAGAGUGGGGACCCCAAUCUGCAGAGAGCGGACUCACAGGGGGAGUCGGAGGUGGACGUGAUAGCGGAGCAGCUGAAGUUCCGGGCCUGUCUGAAGAUCCUGAUGACAGAGCUGCGUACGCUGGCCACAGGCUUCGAGGUGGAUGGAGGGAAGCUCCGCUUUCAGCUCUACAGUUGGCUGGAGAAGGAGAUAGCAGCCAUGCAUACGAUCUGCAACUAUAAGGUGGAGGGUAAGGAGGAAGAGUUAGAUGUGGAGCGCUGGAGAGAGCGAACAGCAUCAGUGGACAUACCAGACGACACCAUAGAUCGUACAGAGACUGGGACCUACGAGCGUCACCAGAUGGAGCGCCGCCGCCUUCAGGCCAAGCAGCAGCACUCUGAGAGGCGUAAAGCGUGGCUGAGGAAGAACCAGGCCCUGCUGAGGGUGUUUCUCUCCUACUGUAGCCUUCAUGGAGCCAAGGGAGGAGGAGUUACCUCUGUUCGCAUGGAGCUUCUCUUCCUUCUGCAGGAGAGCCAGCAGGAGACCACAGUGAAGCAGCUGCAGUCUCCUCUGCCUCUGCCCACUACACUGCCUCUGCUCUCAGCCUGCAUUGCUACCACCAAGACGGUCAUAGCCAAUCCAGUUCUCCACCUCAGCAACCACAUUCACGACAUCCUCCACACCGUCAACCUCUUGGAGACCCCGCCGCAUCCUGACAUCAUAGAUGAUCAGGUGAAUACUUUGCACACGUUAGCAGCUUCUCUGUCUGCCUGCAUCUAUCAAGCACUGUGUGACAGCCACAGCUACAGCAGCCAGUCGGAGGCCAACCAGUUUACAGGGAUGGUGUACCAGGGCCUGUUGCUCAGUGAGAGGAAGCGACUCCGCACAGAAAGCAUUGAAGAACAUGUGACUCCCAACUCUGCUCCUGCACAGUGGCCAGGUGUGUCGUCCCUGAUUUCUCUGUUGACGUCUGCCAGAGAGGAGGGCCAGCCGCGGCUCAACGUGCUGCUGUGUGAAGGGGUCAUGGCUGUCUAUCUGGCACUGCUCAUCCACGGCCUGGGCACUCACAGCAGCAAUGAACUGUUCCGCCUGGCAGCACACCCGCUCAACAACCGCAUGUGGGCUGCUGUGUUUGGGGGAGGGGCCAAACUCGUUAUUAAGCCAAAGAGGCCCGAGGCCCCACCAGUUGCUCCCCCUCAGCCCGCAGCAGAGGAUGGGGACCGAUACAGACGUAGGUUCAACAUGAGGAUGCUCGUUCCUGGACGCCCUGUGAAGGAGACGCCAGCGACCCCCCCUCCUCUGCCCACAGAGAGACCCGCCUACAGGGAGAAGUUCAUUCCGCCCGAGCUGAGCAUGUGGGACUACUUUGUGGCCAAGCCCUUCCUGCCGCUGUCAGACAGCAACGCUCUUUGUGACUCGGACGAAAGCGGCGCAGAAGACGACGAUGAAGACGAUGACGACGCAUUUCUUUCUGACACUCAGAUGACAGAGCACUCUGACCCUAACUCCUACAGCUGGUCUCUGAUCCGCCUGGUGAUGGUGAAGCUGGCUCAUCAUAACGUCAAGAACUUCCUCCCACUCACAGGCCUCGACUUCACAGACCUGCCGGUCACCUCCCCUCUCAGCAACGCUGUGUUGAAGACUUUAGAGAAUUGGGAGCACUUACUGCUGGAGCGAAUGAACAAGUUUGACGCUCCGCCUCCCAACUACAUCAACACUUUCCCUACUGACCUCAGUGCAGGAGGGGGCCCCGCCAUACUCCGACACAAGGCCAUGCUGGAACCAGAAAACACACCCUUCAAGACAAAGAACCAUCAGUCUUUUCCAGCUCGACGUCUUUGGCACUUCCUGGUCAAACAGGAAGUUCUUCAGGAGACUUUGAUCCGUUACAUCUUCACUAAGAAAAGGAAGCAGAGUGAGUCUGUAGAGAACCAUAUGGACCGUAUAAGCCCAAACUGCAUAGCAGGAGCUAGCAGUCCCUAUAAGGUGGAGGCAGAUCUGGGCUACCCUGGAGGGAAGGCUAAAAUCCUUCAUAAGGAGUCAGAUAUAAUCAUGGCAUUCGCCAUCAAUAGGGCUAACUCCAACGAGAUCGUGCUAGCCUCCACUCAUGACGUCCAGGAGGUGGAUGUGUCCAGUCUGCUGGCUGUGCAGCCCUACACCUGGAUAGGGGACGACUGUGAUAAGGAGUCCCGCAGUUCUGAUGACAUAGACCAUCGAUCUUCUCAAACCAACAUUUCCCAGCCGAGCUCCGUCCCCUUCGCUCCCCCUCAGAUGCAGAUUUCUGCAUCCAUGCCAUGGCUUGGCAGUGGACAGACCAGCAUGGGAGCCAGUGUGAUUAUGAAGAGGAAUCUAAACAAUGUGAAAAGAAUGACAUCCCAUCCCAUAUAUCAGUAUUACAUGACCGGGGCUCAGGACGGCAGUGUAAGAAUGUUUGAAUGGAACCGACCUCAGCAGCUAAUUUGCUUCAGACAAGCAGGCAACGCUAGAGUCACCCGGCUCUAUUUCAACUCCCAGGGCAAUAAGUGUGGAGUUGCUGACGGAGAGGGCUUCCUCAGUCUCUGGCAGGUCAACCAGACAUCCUCCAACCCCAAACCCUACGUGAGUUGGCAGUGCCACAGUAAGACGUGCGGUGAUUUUGCCUUCGUCACGUCCUCCAGCCUCAUCGCCACAGCUGGACAGUCCAGUGAUAACAGAAAUGUUUGCCUGUGGGAUACUCUGAUUUCACCUAGCAAUACCAUGGUCCAUGCGUUCCCCUGCCAUGAGAACGGGGCCACUGUUCUGCAGUAUGCUGCUAAACAGCAGCUGCUCAUCACUGGAGGCAGAAAGGGCUUUGUGUGCGUGUUUGACAUCCGCCAGAGGCAGCUGCUCCACACUUUCCAGGCCCAUGACUCAGCCAUCAAAGCCCUCGCUCUGGAUGCCUUCGAGGACUUCUUCGUCACUGGCUCCGCAGAGGGCAACAUGAAGGUGUGGAAGUUAUCCGGCAACGGCCUCAUGCACUCUUUUAGCACCGAACAUACCAAGCAGUCCAUCUUCCGCAACAUCGGUGCCGGUGUCAUGCAGGUGGAAACGCGCCCCGGUAACCGCAUCUUCACCUGUGGAGCAGACGGCACCCUGAAGAUGAGGGUCCUCCCUGACCGCUACAAUAUCCCCAGCAGCUUGGUGGACAUCCUGUAACACCUACUUCCACUUCUGAGGGUCCAAAGAGGAAAUAGACAGAGAGAAAAAACUAAAAGCUUACGUUAACACUUGCUAGGCAUUAAUAGUAUACUUGAUGAGGGAAGAGGUGGUCAAUAGAUCACCAAGCUUUUGGCAUCUUUCAGAGUGUGCUGUGUCAGGAGUCUACUGAUGUAAAUCAUUUCCACAAUGGGAAACGGAGCUGCAAAUGUGUUUUUUGUUUUUUUCCCUGAAGACAGAAAGCAAAGUUACAAGUAAAGGCUAUCAUACUUGAUUUUGAAGCUAGAUUUAUUGUAAUUUUAUUGAAGAAUCUCUAUUCUUCGAGUGUGUCCAUAGGGAAGCUAUGCAUGUCCGGUUCUCGUUACGCGGUGCAAUCACAGGUCUAUUGAUAGUGCUCUGUAAAAGUGCUCAAGCUAACAUUUUAAAAGUGUGUAACUGUUGUCAUUUUGUGCCCACAGUUGAAAUCUCUUAGCAUCUACUGUAACCAGCACUGUGGUUUGUUAUUAAGUCAGUGGUUUCCGGUGUGAAUCCAGUUGUUGGAAUCUGCAUUAUGUUUCAAUGGUUUUACCCCCCCCCUCCCCCAGCCUUUUAUGUCCGGCUUUUCUCUCCCCUUUGGCUGCCUCUCCUGGUUUGGUGUGUGUGUGUGUGUGUGUGUGUGUGUGUGUGUGUGUGUGUGUGUGUGUGUGUGUGUGUGUGUGUGUGUGUGUGUGUGUGUGUGUGUGUCACUGCUAGAACAUUCCUGUUUGAUUUUACUCCUGUUAUUUCAAUGUUUCCAUCCGUCUGGUCCAAACCUGAAUGCCCCCCCAGAGCAGAAACACAAAGGUUCACUCCUGGUUUUGCAUAAUAUUUUUAUUAUUAUCUAAAUUAUUUAUAUGUUUGUGUUUGUAUACUUGUUUGGUUGACCAUUCCUAUUUAACUUAUUGCCUUUUAUUUUUAGGAAUGUAAGGGGUUUUACUGUAUCCGACUGGGAGAUGUGCAACACAGUCUACUGUAUGUAAGUGUGUGUGAUACCCCGCUAGUUGUUUUUACUGUUUCAUCUAUAAAGAAUAGAUAUUUGCACUCAAAAGUUCUGGAGACACUAAAAGUUAUUUCAAAUAAAUAGGAUAUUGCAGAAGAAACUGUUGUAUACAAAUGAAUGUCUGGCUUUAUUUGGCCUAGUAGUAAAACGUUUGAAAUAGUUUUAAUAUAUAAAUGAUUUAAAUAUAUAUAUAUAUAUAUAUGAAAUACCACAACAGCUUGUACAAACAUGAAAGCAUUUCUUUAUUUUUGGUUUGUAUCAUACCAGCUGGAUUAGUUGUAUCUUUUGUUAAGUGUAUCCAUGGUAUUUAUUAAAGAGAUUUGUGUUUCUCUCCCUCUUUCGGCCCACUAUGUGUACUGUAUGUAGCUUAAGUGUUUUACCAAUGGUCCUACUGGUGUGUAUGUGUGUGUGCAUGUAAUAAUGCAAAAUAAGCCAAUAUCAUGGGUAGACGCUUACUAGGGCACUUGAGCCUGGAGGUGUGUGAGAGAACAGGUCAUGGUCAGAGUUUUACCUUUGUAAAGUGAAUAAAUUCUUUUAUUUCAUCA